AUGCAUCGAGUGUGUCGCUUCUGCAAAAAACAAUGCAAAAAUGGCAGUGGACUCACCAGACACCUACGAGGUUGCAGAAAGCGAAAACCGAUCCUUCCACACGCGUCUUUCGAUACCACGGACCGCGACAUAGUUGGCAGCAUCAACAAUCUGACAGCUCUGAUCACCGUAAGAGAAGGAGACACACAUCCACCCGAAGGUGAUACGACUGCGGAUUCGAUACCAUGGCAGCAAUUGGACGAGCAGGAGAUAGGGGAAGAGGGGACAAACGCGGUGCAAACAAUGAACCUGGAUGAUGAGACAACAGCAACCCCCACCUCUGCAAUAGGCUCAAGUUGCAGUACUACAAUUUCGUCUUUGACAGUUGACUCUGUAGAACCGUAUCCGGGAGAGCGGGGCGCUGGGAGGCCGGUGGAACUACAAUCCGGAUCGAAGCCUCUUAGUCAAAUGGAAUCGAUGUCCAAUUACCGGACUGGGUCGGACGUCGGGUCGAUGUCCGACACGGACAAUUUUUGGAAUCCAUUUGAAUCCCGGGAAGAUUAUGCGCUGGCGCUGUGGUUCCUUGAGUCGGGACUCUCCGACGGUGACAUUGAUAAGUUCUUUCGCGACGUCCAUUUGCAGCGAUUCCGAGACGGCUGUAGCUUUGACGGCGCGAAAUCAUUGAGGUGUAAGAUGCAGAACAUGCGUGGCGGUGGCAUCGACGGCGGCUGGACCAGCCAGUCUUUUGAAAUUCACAACUCUCGGACCCGAAUUGGGGUCGAAGACAUACCACGUCAUUUACUUCGACAUUUCUACAGCGAGAUGCAUACCGCGGAUUGGUGGUGGGAAACGCAGGACAAGCUACCUGAUGGCUCUACCGUCGUUCCCAUCAUUUUGGCAUCGGACAAAACUCAUCUCUCCCGGAUGCACGGGGACCAACAUGCUUGGCCGGUCUACAUCACGAUUGGGAACCUUCAACGAGACGCGCGACGCGCGCAUAGUAGACCGGGUAUGGCGAUUCUGGGAAUGAUACCGAUUGUUGCGGAAAAAGAAGCCAAGGCCCAGGUCUACCACUACGCCUUGGGUUUGAUGACCGAAGCAAUCAAAGAACACUCCGAACAUGGUGUCAACAUACAAUGCGCGGACGGCCUGACUCGAAGAGGUAUACCAAAAAGACGCCGAAACACUUGGCGGGAUAUGGUACUCCACGACCGCCGUCCUUUUACCGACGGCCACUUCGCUGUCGACAUAUACCGGCUGCAAUGCUUCGACAUCCUGCACUCCUUGAUGGUCAAGGGACUCAUAGGCUAUCUGCUUGAAUGGUGGGUUGAAUGUAUCAGGGCUACGAAGACAGAGAACGAGACGAAUAAGCUCCUCGAUGCCCGCUUUCGGGCGAUCCCUAGCCACACCAACCUGAGACGCAUCGGGUCUCUAAGUAAGAAGACACAGUGGACAGGAGAGGACGGCCGGACCCUACAGAGGACGAUGAUGGCCACCUUUGCACCGAUCUUGGUUGAGUUGAAUCCGGAUGCGCUGCAUGCAGGUCGCGCUAUCCUUGACCUUGUUAUACUGGCGAGAUAUCGUUCUCAUGAUGAUGAUACUAUCCGAUAUCUACUCGCGGCCCUGGCCCGGAUUGACCUGCUGAAAGAGGUUUUUCGAGCAUACAGACCUCUGGACAAAACGACGGGUAAAGGUCACUUUAACUUCCCAAAGUUUCAUAGCAUCAGUCACUUGCCCGAAAUGAUACAAUCAUUCGGCCCACCCGAUGGAUUGACCACUCAAACGGGGGAAAAGGCGCAUGUUGAAUUCUUCAAAAAGUAUUACGGACUAACGAAUAAGCAUGAUAACUAUAUUGAACAGAUCAUGCGUCACGAUGUCGCACAUCAGAAGAUGAUCACGAUGCGUGAUCUCGUCAAGUACCAAGAUACAGAAGUGUUGCCACCUGCAAUUGAGAGAUCACAGGAGGAAGAGAAGAAGACCGAGGCGGGAACUCCUUUAGAUCUUCAUGCCUGGGGUUGGCAGGCGGACGACGAGGAGCGUGAUAUCAUGAGGCAGAUCUAUCAUUGUGAUAGUCGUUAUUGGCGACCAGCAGGGGCCGUUGCUGAAUGGUUGGAGUUGGACACUUUCCUCGAAGCUCUGGCCGCCUUUAUUCGAACAGAUCGAACGAAAUCGAGGGAACAUCAUCUAUCCAAGGGAGACAAUAACAUCGACACACGUGAGGCGGACUGUGGAUGGGUACGUCGAUAUCCGGUCCGCAUCCAUUCCAAUGUUCGAUGUUGGAAGGCUCUCGGGGAGGAUUCUCUGGACAUAGCUCGCCUGUCCAAAGACGUCGUCGUCUGCAGACCCAUCGGUCAACCCUUUCGAAAAAGGUGGCGCAGGGACUGCGCUUGGGUCCACGAAUAUGACCAGCAGACCUCCGAUGCUGACGGGGUUCUUUCGGGGAAACUGGUGGGGGAAGUACUGGUCGUGGUGGAAGUGAUGGACCUAGCCCGCAGAGAUUUCAGACAAAGACCGACUCACCUGCAGGGUGUUUUCAUGGAGAUAUUUAAGUAUCGACACAAUGGACAAGUUCAGGAAUGUCAUGGCAUGGUGGAAGUAGAAAGGGCGCAGCCAUCAACAGCGCGGAAUCCAAGAACCCUCGGAAAACGACGAUUCUAUAGCCUCGCAAGCAUCGAGAGAAGUGCACAUGUCGUGCCCGCGUCGGUGAAAGGCAAGGAAUUUUAUUACAUCAACAGCUUUAUCGACUUUGAUCAAUACAAUAGUAUCUACGAUCCGGACUUCCUAAACAAGAGCUACAGAGCAGCAAAGGAGAUCAAUACACGCUACACUACAAGACAAUAG